GAAGUAUAGUUUGUUUGAUAAUUAAUAAUCUCUCCUAACUGUUUAAGAAAAGAGCAGAUGACAUAAAAAGGUAAGCGAUAAUUUGCUAAGAGUUUUUCAUAAACUUUAUUUGCCCCAUGGUAAAUUUACCCUCAAAUGCAUGUGAAAUUCGCCGGCGGCAUAGUGAAAGUUAAGAGCACCAGAAAGUCAGGAGAAAAUGUACUUAAGCGGCCAAAACCAAAGUAACAAUGACUGAUAUCACUCAAUGGAGUAGAUGAAUAACAGAUUGAAGUUCUAUUUCACUGAUACAGCUUUAUAUGAAGUAGAAGAUAGUCGACGCGGCAGAAGACCAAUGAAUAGCUACCGAAAACAAGAAAAACUCAUACAUUAAAUAAAACAACGUGUGUAGUUUUCAGAAGACAAAAAAUGUAAUCCAAAUGAUGUUCCAAAGAAAAGGGGAACAAAUAAUAGUAACACUAGAUCCUGAGACUAGUAAUUGAUCGUUUCAUUAGUAAUCAGAAUGGAGGGAAAAGAUACAUUAAACCCGGUCCAUGGACCCGUUUCGCGAAACUCCCAACUAUUAACGGGCCUGGAAAGCCGGAGUGCUGUAUUAUCGAAGCCUCAAAAGUUUAAAAGAUAAUAUAUGAUAAACCUGUCAGUUAACAAAACAAAGUGGACUGGUUUGUUAGCUAGCUUGUAUUGAAUCCAUUUAGAUUUUGAUUUAUAUUUUGAUUUCUGGAGUACGUUUCUUAAAGAAUAAGAACAGAUUCUUUCUCUGAUGGUAACAUGCAGCGAGGCCAAAAGAUCCUGCUAGAGAAGCCAAAAUAAUCUUAAUUACCUUGUUUAUUUCAAACUCAUUUAAGAAAACACGGACCCCACUUUCUAAUGUUAAGUCAUCAUCAUCAUCAUCAUUAUCGUUAUCAACAUCAGUUUUUUAGAAAGAGCUGCAAGUUUUAUAAUCCCUUUGCUGGUCACAAAUUCUAAGUCAACGAACAGACUAUUCGGUAAUUAUAAGGCUAUUAUUCUGGGUAUACAAAAUACAGCCCCACGGGCUAAACUAUAGCAGGCCAGUUUAAAUGCAAAUAAGGAGACAAAUGACUGGCAUUUACCAUCCUUGCUCAACAUUUACUUCUCAGUCUGCACAUUUUUGCGACAUAUUUUCCAAGUGCAAAUUUGAGCAAAUCCAUUUUAUCGCCGCCGUUCCAUGAUACCAGAUUUCGGUAUCAUGCUCUGAUUGGUCAAAUGUCAUCAUGUUGACAGAUUCGCGGUGCUGUUGACAGUAUCGUGCUCUUUCAAUAUAACGCUCAUACAAUUCGGGAAAAGAUUUUUUAAAACACGGAUUUCGAGCACGCAAUACAAAUUUCUUUGCUAGACUUUUCGCUUAUCCCACGGCUCCAAGAAGAGCAAAAAUAUGCGUGUGAUAAACGAAAAAGAAGCAUUCAAAAUAUGGAGCUUUUCUUACACUCCCCUGUGACAAAGUGCGGUCACAUUUACCAAACGAUUGACUUAUAAACGGACGUUCAAAAGGUACAGUAUUGUAACCACGCCAAAGGAGGCAAAUACGUGAUCGAUAUAUCUAUUCAAAUUGGCAACAAUGUUAUUUCACAUGUGAAAGAAACAGUAUUUUUAGGUGUUAUUCUCGAUGAGCAUUUGUCAUGGAGGCCUCACAUUCUACGCGUUUCUAGAAAAAUAUCAAAAUCAAUAGUUAUUAUUUAUAAGUCUAGUUUUUUCGUUCCCAAACCUUCCUUGCGCUCCUUGUACUAUAGUCUAGUUUACCCUUACUUAAUAUAUUGUGUUUCAGUGUGGGGAUCGACAUAUCAGUCUAAUUUAAAUUGGAUUAUUAUUCUGCAAAAGAAGAUAAUCAGCGUAAUAUCUAAAAAAUCUUUUGAUUCUCAUACAGGUGUUCUUUUUAAAGAGCAGGAGAUUGUAAAAUUCUCGAACAUACCAAAUAGGUAAAUUUAUGUACCUUUCUAAUAAAGGCUUACUUCCUAAUUAUUUCGUGAUAUGUUUACUCUUGCAAGCCAGAUACAUUCUUAUAAUACAAAAAAAGUUCCAGCCUAUUCUAUAUACCUCAUUGUUGAACUAAUUUUCGAAAAUUCUCAAUUCGGUUUCAAGAUCGAUCCUAAGUUUUUGAACUCGCUAAGUCGGGAAAUUCAAAACAGUGAAAAUAUCAGUUUGUUCGGCAAAAGACUUAAAAAAAUCUCUUUUUUCCUAGUUAAAUUUACUCUUUGUUGAGCUAUACACCUUUUUGUAUUUCUUUUUGUCUUUCCUUUUUUCUUUCCUUUUCUUUCUUUUUUUUAUUAAUAUAUUAAUCCAAAUUUUCAUUCAGUCCCCUUAACUAACAUAGUUUACCCUAUAGUUGCAGGAAGCCUAGCUUCACGGCUAUAUAGGCUUCCUUGCCACUACCACUUUAAACAUUUCAUCUUGUAAAUAAUUUAGUUAGAAUAGUGUAUAUUAUCUUUAAUGUAUUAUAAAUUUCUGCAUACUGUUGUUCUAUUUCUGGUUAAUGGCAAAAAUAAGUGAAUGAAUGAGUGAAAUGAAUGAAUCACCCUCCUACCAAAAGAGUGAUAAACCCCCAAAAUCAGUUGAUCUAUGCAAAGAAUGCAUUUUGCGUACAGCUAAGCCGUGUGCUCCGAGAACACGUAAACCAAAACUGUACUGCACGACUUAAAAAAAUAGGUAUAGAUUCUUCCCUAUGGUGUAACAUCCAGUGAGGCAAAAAGGUCCGGUUACAGACGUGAAAACCUUUUUAUUUUUUGUUUCAAAGUCCUGAUGAUUAAGUGUCAACAUGUCUUCAUAUUGGCAGAUUCGCGGUGCUGUUGACAGUAUCUUGCUCUUUCAAUAUCACGCUCAUACAAUUCGGGAAAAGAUUUUUUAAAACACGGAUUUGGAGCAUGCAAUACAAAUUUCUUUGCGAGACUUUUCGCUUAUCCCUCGGCUCCAAGAAGAGCAAAAAAUAUGAUAAAAGAAAAAGAAGCAUUCAAAAUAUGGAGCUUUUCUUAUUAUACAGUCCCCUGCAACAAAGUGCUGUCACAUUUACCAAACGAUUGACUUAUAAACCGACGUUCAAAAGGUACAGUGUUGUAAUCACACCAAAGGAGGCUAAUACUUGAUCGAUAUAUCUAUAUCUAUUUGUUAUAAUUUCAAUUAGUAUUUAUAAUUUUGGAAUUUAUUUAAUCUUAGUUUUAAGUAUUUGUAACGCAAUUCAGUCUGCCGACUGCCAUGUUCGAUAUUUUAAUAAACUAUCUAUCUAUCUAAACUAUCUAUCUAUCUAUCAUAUUGUGUUCCAGUGUGGGGAUCGAUAUAUCAGUCUAAUUUAAAUCGUGUUAUUAUUCUGCAAAAGACGAUACUCAGAUUAUUAUCUAAAGUUUCUUUUGAUUCUCAUACAGGUGUUGUUUUUAAUUCUCAGACUUUUAUUUAUACCAAAUAGGUAAAUUUAUGUACCUUUUUAAAAGAGGCUUUCUCCCUUCUAAUUAUUUUCGUGAUAUGUUUACCCUCGCAAGCCAGAUACAUUCUUAUAAUACACAAAAAAAAUUCAGCCUAUUCUAUAUACAUCAAUGUUGAACUAAUUUUCGAAAAUUCUCAAUUCGGUUACAUGGUCCUCAGUGUUCAACUUGCUAAGUCGGGAAAUUCAAAACAGUGAAAGUAUCAGUUUUUUUGGCAAAAGACUUAAAAAAUCUUCUUCUUCUUCUUCUUAGUUAAAUUUACUCUGUGUUGAGCUACACAUCUUUUCUAUUUCUUUUUUCUCUUUCCUUUUUUUUCUUUUCUUUCGUUUUUUAUAAUUAAUCAAAAUUUUUAUUCAGUACCCUUAACUUGUAUGGUUUACCCUAUAGUAGGAAAUUAAACCUAUAGUUUAUAAGCCCCCCGGCUUCAAUGUAAGAUAGGCUUUCUUGCCAUUACCACUUUAAACAUUUCAUCUUGUAAAUAAUUUAGUUAGAAUAUUGUAUAUUAUCUUUAAUGUAUCAUACAUUUCUGCAUACUGGUGUUCUAUUUCUGGUUAAUGACAAAAAUAAAUGAAUGAAUGAGUGAAAUGAAUGAAUCACCAUUCUACCAAAAGAGUGAUAAAAGCAAAAAAUCAGUUUAUCUACGCAAAGAAUGCAUUUUGCGUACAAAAAAUACUUGAAAGAAAUAAUCACCCUCCUACCAAAAGCGUGAUAAGCCCCCCCAAAUCAGUUGAUAUAUGCAAAGAAUGCAUUUUGCGUACAGCUAAGCCUUGUGCUCCGAGAACACGUAAACCAAAACUGUACGGAGAUACUCCUUGAGCAGUUUUUUCUCUCUUGCUUGGCUUUUACUAGUUUUAGCGUUUACAAAGUCUGCCUCGCUUUUCAGUCGUGUAGUUAACAAACCAAAUAAGCAACUAACAAGUGACGCGAACGACUUCGUAAAAACCAAAAGCCAUGCAUGCAAGAGAGGAACCUCUGCUCGCAGGCUAGUACAAAGACAAAAUGAUUAUUCCUAAUUUUUGCGCAAUUUUCAGCAGACAUACCUUAUAAAAAGGACAACAAAUUAAACAGGAAUACUGACACUCAAACUGAAUAGCUAGUAUGUUGCAUAAGGUGAUAAACUUUACAGAUUUUUUCUCCACAGGAAUAUUACAUCAUAAGAAGCUAUGUCAACGAGCAUUAUGACGCGAACUGCGAACUUGUUGAGGUAUCUCCUUGAGAAUCUAUUCGUCCCCGGUCGCACGCGGCCCAUUUUCCUCUGAAACGUCUUUAUUUCUCUUCGCCCAAGCUGGUGUUGCUCCAGUUGAUGGUCGAAGUUAAGUAUAUCGCUUUGCUAGCACCAUUACUUCAUCUCGAAUUCACAUAUUUUUUUACAAAAGUGACAUAACAAGUUAACGCUGACAUCCGUGAUGAGAACUUGACGUGUUGACAUUUCAAUGACAAGUUAAUUGCUAGAGGGCUGAUUCGAGGUAUCAAAGGCUUGUCUCCAGUUUCCUCCACCCAUCCCCUCCCCAGACUCUUCGUUCGCCGAUUUUUUUUUUUGGCCAACGCCGAUUUUUUCUCCUUUUUUCUACAAUGCGGAUCGUGAUCCCAGGCAUAAUAAGCUAAAGCACGCUAAACUUCUACGGCAAUUAUUGGGAAAAUCUGGAGUACAUGCACGACUUAAAAAAUACGUACAGAUUCUUCCCUAUGGUAACAUCCAGUGAGGCCAAAAGGUCCGGGUACAGACGUGGAAACAUCUUUAUUUUCUAUUUCAACGUCACGAUAAAGUGCCAUCCGAUUAUUGGUUUUGAAUUGUGGCUGCACGAAACAGUACAAGGAGGCUCAAUACAUCAUCGUUACGGUUGAUGCUAGCAUUUUAUCAAGGCAUUGACUUGUUCCGUAUGUAUUGUUCAUUCUAUUAAGUAUUAAUAUCACACCUUUACUUUGUAGUUGAAUCAGCGCGUAUAUGCAAUGCGAGUUUUUAAUAAGAAGGGCAAAUUUCCCGGGCGCUAUUUCUACAUUGGGCUAAGCGCUCCUUAAGCCGAAAUUUCAACAUCAAACCUGUAACCUUUAAUUCUGAACUUACUGCACAACUCAAAUCAUGCGAAUUUGGGGCUACACAGCGACUGACGCCUGGUUCAUAUGAUGAUCUUUUCAUGAGCCGACUCAUUAUGUAGACCGGCUAAACUGAUUCAGACGCCGAUCUCAACUCCAGCCAAAGUAAAUUCAAAAGAAUGAAAAUGCUGCUCAUUUUGGUCAAACUGUUUGCAAAAUACGUUAUAAUAAUUUAUGUUCGUCGUCUGAAUCGACGCCGUUUCAAAGUCGCUUCAAAGGCGAAAUUUCCGGUCGGACUAGGCGGGAAGAACGGCUGAGCCGUUCCAAAUUGAAAGAGGCGUUCCUAAUUGAUUCAGACGCCGACCUUUCUAUGAAUAAAGUUCGGCUAAUGAAAAUUUCGGCGUCCCUGACCAGGUCUUACUCAUCAUCACAUUAUCUUUCUUGCGAGAAAGGCAAAAAAGGAUGUUUUAUCAAAAAAAUUGCUUAAAGUUACUGUAUCCAGUUUAAUAGUUAAGAAUAAUGUCAUCUUUGAUAACAAGGCUUUCUGUGAGACUCGCAAGUUGCCGUAUGCCGUUUUCAGCUUAAAGAUGAUUGUUUUAAAGUUCAUUGUUGUAUUAAAAGUUUAAAUUGAAGACUUGAGGAAGAAACAUUAUAUUUUGAUUUAUUGCUUUUUGAUACAUUGUAAUCGUUUGUUCAUCUCUCAGCGGUCUGUCUUAAACUUGAUAAUUAACCUCUCUAAUUAUUCAGCUUAAAUGUAGCGUCAUUUUACCUGGACAGAACGCGCCAAAAAUUGUUACUUUUUACGCAGUAGUUUGAGCUGUGAGGGAAAAUCAGUCCAAUUAUAUAAAUCUUUAAAUUGUUUUCUUUUUUUACCAGAGAAAACGCGCGAACAUUUCGCAGAUAACUCGUAAAUAUCUGAGAUCUUAUUCAGUGUACUCGUGCAUUCUCUACCUUAGCGCCGAAUAAACUGUAUUUCUGUUGAUGUUUUAACUUACAAGUAACAAAGCCUGUUGCAAACCACUGAGAGAUUUACAUGGAAACUGCGACACGUCAAAUUUAAUGCAAAAGCAAAGUUUUCUGUUGUCACAUCCAAAAACGACGAUUAGUUAGCGAAAUUCGGCGUAAGUGUCGAAUCGUUAGUGUCGAAUAGAUAUACCUUAACACAAUGAAAAAGUCGUUAAAUUAGGGGUUUUGUAUUUUGGCUUUUAGAUUUAUGCGAAAUCUGAGUCUUCUUCCCCGACUACUUAUUGCAAGACCAAACUGAACCUUGUGGAAGACGUGACUGAUUGCUGUAGGUUAACGGGCUAUUUUCUUAAUCGAUUUUCACAGCAAAAUCGAAUAAAUAAUUAGCCAGAAAAGAGCUUCGGCGAAUUAAUUGUCUUCGAUUCUCUCAUGAAUAUAUGUGUUCUCAAUAUUCAACCCAUUAAGCUGACACCUUCGGCAACAUGUUCGAUGCGCGAUAACAUACUUUGCCAUAAAACGUUUUUCUGACAGUUCCAUUUACCAUGUGAAGUGUUGUAUCGUCGUCCGUAGUUUCCCAGGUUAGUAUUGAAAUCAACAUUUGGGCUUGGAAAUACCUAAAAUAUGGAAUUAUAAGAGCAUCAGCCAAUGUCGGGUUUCUAGUUGCAGGCUUACAGAAAUUAUAAAAACAUUUUAAUUACGGAGCAAAGUUUAAUCUUUCGAUCUUCUUUAACCUCGUAAAAGUCAAGGCCAGAGAUUCCAGAUUUGAUCUCUGAGAUAAAUGGUAGAUGCAAUUUUUAGUGCAAAUAAUAUAUUUUCUUAAGUGGAUUGGGCAGGUAUGUUAUUUACUUUUCUCCACAUAACGUUCUUGGUUGCGACCCAAAUCAUAUCUAUUUAAAAGCGAUCGAUAUGUUUUUCAAUAUCUGUAUGUGGAUGAAUUAAUGAAGUCGAGGUUCGUAAUUCCUCCGGAUUUUGGAUUUAUGAAAAGAAAAGCCUGAGUUUGGACACACAGUGGCAUAAUUUGUAUUUCUUUCUUGGGCGUUUUCAUUAAACGGCUAACUUGAACGGAAAUAAAAUGUACGAUUAAACACAAUUUGGUGCAUAAACUUUUAAAUCACUGCUUAACCUAAGCAUUUAUUUUCAGUUUGGAAAUUCUGUAUCUAGAUUUCUAAUGCCCUUUUAUACUAUAUUACAUUAGUCUCUUUUCAAAACAAGUUACUAAAAUGUUACUAGCGAAUUUCGCCUGAAUUGAAGCUUUAAGAUGGCUACUUACCUCAGUAGAGAUUGCUAUUCGCUUCAAAUGUAAAAAAUGUUAUUUCACAAGGCUUUAAAAUUUAAACAUAAAAACCAAAACAGAACAUUUUCGAUCUAAUUACAACGCUGACUGACAGAAUUUUAACAUUUCAUUGCGCAGGCAACUGACACCUAUUAAGAUUCAUGUCAAGAGUUAAGUAAGGAAUCAGUUAUUAGUUGAUGAUGCUUGUGUAGCUUUUGAUGCGGACAAAUUUGCAUUAUUACAUUGACCCAAAUGAAGUUUUUUCAUAAAUAAGAUUGUAAUAAAUAUCGCUUUUACACCUGCGUAUCACGGGCAAGUUCAUGGAGAGCGAGAUCAGCGAAUGAAUAAUUUCUCUUUAUUUCUUGAGGAGAGAAAGCUGUUCAUGAUCAAAGUGACAAGAAUGUGCCUCCCCCAUUUUUUUUCUUAACAGCUGAAAUCGAAGUUGAAUGCACCCCUAAAAUAUAUUCCUUGGCGAUACCAAUAAAAAAAUACAGCGCAAGCUCUGGUGUGAGGAUACCUUUGGGCCGCGAAUAAGGUGUCCGCGCCGUAACUGGAGCUGGCCGCUUACGGGGGAAGGAAAAAAUACAGAGUUUGUAUAUAUGGGGAAAAAGUUGAGAAAAACGGGGUUGCUGGAAAUUGAAAGUCCAUUAUCAUAGAUAUGAACAGCAUUAUUAUAGAUAUGAUCAACUGGAGAAUUUAAAAGAUAUCAAGAACACGUACACUGGUGUGACCGUCCACCAUUCAUCGAUUAUUAUUAUCAUCAUUAUUAAUAUUAUUAUCAUCAUUAUAAUACUACCUGGAGUUAUAAAAACCGGGUUAGCAAACAUUUUGUAAUUUUUCUCAACUUCCCCUGUCUAAUAACUUGUUCACCGUGUUGUUUGCUUAUGCCGUUUUUUAUUUUUUUGGUUGUUUUAUGGUUAAGGAUUUGUGUAGAAGUGGAUGAAGAAUUAGGUGAGGAAAAAGGGUGACGUUUGACCCGGGCCAAGACUUUUCUGGUGUGAAAAUCAACCGUGUGACCUCUACAUCCAUACAUAAGACGAGUGUAAGAGAAAAGUCCAGAGGUGUUUAUCUGCCAAUAGGCUGAGAUUUUCAUGAUAUUUAGCUUAUGUUAAACGUGAGAAGAUUAUGCGUGGUUGUGGAUAGUCGUAUCAGUGCCGCGAAAGUGUGUGAUUGUGUGAUUUCCGCAUGGUGUUGACGGGUAUAUGAUCGCGUGGUUGAACUGCGGUUUCGCCAAGAUAUUCUGUGCCACCCAUGAAUAUUGUUUCGUCGGUGUUUACCUUGGAAAAGCAACUCUCGACUCAGGAAAAUUGGAUUUAGGUCUAGUUUCAGCGGGCUCUAAUGACAUUGAACCAUAGGCCGAUUUUUGCAGAUAAGAAAGUGAUAAUUUGUGCACUAUUUUUCAUUCAGUUUGUUGUCUAUUCCAUGCGAGAUCCUGUUGUUUAUCGGAAUGCGAAUAAAUUAGUGUUUUGUUAACUAUUUUUAAGUUGUUAUGUAAGCCCUAACCAGGCAUUCUUUCGCUGCAGUUCACUCAACGUAAAAAUGUCUAGACUGAAAUGACACCGGUUUGAAACUUCGCGAAGUCAGAUCUGAAUAACUGUUAUAAAAUUUGAGUCAUUUUGAAUUUGGACUCGUUGGAAUGCCUCUAGGGAUCAUUAACUUUACUGCCCGUCGUCAGAUAAAGGCUUUUAAUCGGCCUUUGUAUGAGUUUUAUUGUUUUAAAUUGCCAAGUAGUAGAAUGAGUUGAUAUUUUUGCCAACCCGGUUUUCAAAAAUCCAGGUAAAUAUUUUUAUUGUUAUUAUCAUCAUUAUCGUUAUCAUUAACAUUAUGGUUAUCGUUAAUUAUCUUUAUCAGCAUUAUUAUUAUUAUCAUUAUCAUCAUCAUUGCCAUUAUCAUUACCAUUUUAUCAGGCUAAUAUCACUGUUGCUAUUACCCUUGAUGUUAUCAGUGUUGCUUCCUAACACGGCGAAAUAUAGAAACAGUGUAAUUAUGUUAUUUCUAUUUCGCAAUUCAUAGACUGAUAAUCUUCAGCGUACAUCCCCCACAUUAAGACGGAAUCUACCAGGAAAUUGAGUGAUUUUAAUUUUGAGUGGACGAAAACUUUGUACCAGAAUAAUGUAAAGCAUGUUGCAUUGCUUUUUACAUUUUUCAAGGGCUAAAGAUGUAAUUAGUCAUCUGUAGUAACACCAAUUGAAAGAAAAUUUCUUACGGGAGACCGAGAAAGUGAAUGUAAAGUUUCACAAGAAUUGUGAAAACAUAGGUAAAAUUCUGAAACUUUCAUGUGUAAGAUGUAAUUUUGUGAAAUUUG